GUCUCCGAGUUGUCUGGAGGUGCGACGUUGGACGCUGGGGCUCGCGCGUGGGCGCGUGCGGCAUGGCUGGAGGGCUGGUGCGCAUGCUGCUCCUCCUCUCACAGCUCCAGGUCCAGCUGAGUGUGCCAUGGGCUGCAGUCAAGCUGAGAUUGAAUUGUCCUCAAGCACCCUGCUGGCACUAUUGGCAGGGGAAUUGUUAUUGCAUGGAGAGGAGUCGCACAGGGACUUGGAUUGAAGCACUGAGAUACUGCAAACGAUAUCGAGAUACAGAACUAUUAAAAAUCACUAAUGCAUCAGAAAAGAAAUGGAUUUUAGGAUUGCCUCUGAACGAUUUCUGGAUUGGAUUAAAUAAUUUGGAAAAUGAGACUAAUUUUGCCUGGUCAGAAGGGACACUGGCAGACAUAACAGCACCCUGGCUUUGGAUGUCACGCCCAGCCCAGCCAAACACUGCAUAUUGUGUGAAGAUUUCCAAUGGCAUCUUGAUUGCUCUGGACUGUAGUGCCAAGGCCCAUUGGAUCUGCAAACAAAGUGCAGAUACUGAGCGGUAUCAAGAACACAAAGGAAAGGUACUUCUCUCGCCACCAAGUCUUCCAUCACAAGUACAUGGAGAUUUGAAUUCUGCGAAAGAAGCUUGCCUGGAGCUUAGGAAGAAAUGCACAGGAAUUUCUACAUGGAAUAAUGCAUAUGCCCUUGCCAGGGGGACCGUAUUGUUGAAGAGUGAGGAGAGCAAUUCCUAUGCCUAUGUAAAAUCAGAUUGCUCCACGGGUUACUUUGGAAGGGAUUGUUCGUCUGUGUGCGGUUUGUGUCACAACGAUGAUCUGUGCAAUCCCUACACGGGAACUUGUGAUGAUUUUCAUUUGUGCAGUGUUCAGAGUGCACCUACAGCCUGUGAGAGAGCUAUGAAAAGUUUGUGGUGCCCUCGUUUUUCUGGUUGGUCGUAUUGGAGUGGCAAAUGUUACUACUUCAGCACAGAGGCCCCUGCCAGCUGGCUUCAAGCAAGGGAGAAGUGUAGAAGAUACAGAAGUGCAGAUCUGCUAUGGAUUGAGAGCCCAGAAGAAAUGAAUUGGUUGUUCUCGGUGAUUCCAUCAGAAACCUUUUGGACUGGAUUGAAUAGCAGGCAGCAAGAGUCUAUAUGGAUUUGGUCAAAUGAAAAGUCAGCUGCUAAAGAACUCGAUUGGUUAUCCAUGAAUGGACAUCCAUCUGGAAGAUGUGCAGGUAUCCAGCCAGCACCCAGAAGUAUUUUAAAGUUUAACUGUGAAAAUAAGUACAGAUGGCUUUGUAAGAAAGCUGAAUCUCCACAUAUUUUUGAUGUGUUUCUUAGUCGGUACCUGUCAAGACCAUUUUCAUCACAGAAGAUGUACAACUCCCUCCAUAGUGCUAAGAUAGACUGCUUACAUGACAGGAACUGCACAGGAGUAGUAAAAGUCUCACAGUACUUCAGAAGAGUGGCAGGAAUUGAUGAAAUCCACUUUGCUCCUUUUAGUGCUCCCUCGAGUGCUAUUUCAUAUGUAAAACGUGAAUGUUCUUUGGGAUACUAUGGAGAAAACUGUGCAGGAGUUUGUCUGCAGUGUUCUGGAAACUUCAGAUGCAAUUCAGUAACUGGCAAAUGCCCAGAAAAGUUAAUGUGUGUGGACAAAUUUAAAGGUGAAAUUUGUGAAUCAGAUGUGGGUGGCUUCCAUGCUGGAGGGUGGCACCUGGAUUGGUUUGUCAAAGCAGCAGUCUGGUGCCUGGCAAUGGACUAGCGGACAUGGUGCUAAUCUUGCAGUCAACUGGCUUUCAGACAUUAAAAGGGGUCAAAGUGGGUGCGCUCAGAUGAAGAAAGGAGGAGAACUUAUGGCUACUAGUUGCUCCACACACCUGCUCUGGGGGUGUGAAAAACAAGCAGGUGGUGAUCUAAAGAACCAGUACUCGUGUCUACAGCUAAUUAUGUAGGAUCUUAUAAGAUGCUUUUCACAAUGUAUCUGAUUGCAUGUUGCUGCAUAUGUACUGUGCCCGGGGAAUGCAGAUUCCAGAGCUAGCUAACUCUGUGUGCCAAGUAUUCAGGUGGUAUAAAUGGGUUAUCUCAUUAAUUUAAAUGGAACUGUGCUGAUUUCACAGCAGCUGAGAAUCUGCCCCUAAUCUCCACAAUGUAAUUUAAAUUAGGAAUUGCUGUGGAAGAACAAUUUAGAAAAAAUGUAUCAACAAGAUACUUUCAAAACUAAUUCAUGAUAUACAAAAAGACGAUCAUGAGAUGUGUCUUAUUGACAAACCUCAAAUAGCGAAAUUGAAUUACUGUAUUACAUGCCAUGGUAUCUUUUGAUAAAUCAUGUGGUGGUUUGUUUGACUUUAUACGUGGU